CGGCAUUUCAUCUUCCGUCCAUUUUGUUUUUGGAUGGCUGCUGGCAUCCAUGUUCGAUCAUUAGUUCGCGUGCGGUUUUCUGUGUUGAACUUGGAACUUUCGUUUAGUGUUAUCUAUUGUGGAAUCGCGAAGGUGUUUGUGACUAGCGAACACGACUUGCUUAUUCGCUGUGAUAGUGAUUCACCAAACUGAGCUUACAUGAUUGGAUUACCGCGUAGCGAUAGAGAUAGAGAUCGUAUAACGGUGAAAAUUCGUAACAUGAAGAGGAGUUCGUCGAGGGAUAGCAUCCCGCGUUCAAAGCGGACACGUAGUAGCAUCGGAAGAUACGACGACAGUUCAGACGAGCGCGUCACUCCAGACCGUGUACGGCGAAGGGUGCGGUCACCGAGCCCCCGGGGCCGGUACGUGUCCCCUCACCGCGACGACUAUGCUCGCUCUCGUGAAGUACGCGAGGAAUCCGUACGCCCCUACUAUAAAGUUCUCUGUGUCAGUGCAUUGCACCCCAAGGCGUCAGAUGAAAUCGUCAAAGACACUCUCUACAGAGAGUACAAAAAGUUUGGAGACUUCAGCAUCAAAAUAUCCCACGAGUUGGACGAACGCGUCGCGUACGUAUGUUUUCGAAGUGUUGAAGAUGCAAGGGACGCCAAACAUGCAAAGCCGAGGAUCAUUUUGUACGAUAAGGUGGCCAUAGUAGAUCCUGUGUACGAGCCUGUGAGGUCCGAGUACAGAAGUAGGCCGAGAAGUAUCACGCCAACCGACUAUGAGCGCCCUUACUCCUACGCGUGGUCGCCAGUGCCCGACCGCCGCCGCCCGCCUCCAGACGACAGGGCCUAUGGCAUACCACCAUCAGUGCCACCUCAUCAUAGAGAUUUCCGUCCACCUAUGCACGAAUAUCCCAUGGCAGGCCCUCACGGCCCGCCCAUGCACCACAGGCCCCCUAUGCACCAUCCCCCACACCCCCAUUAUAUGCCACGUCCGUAUAUGCCGCGACCGCAUCAUCCUCCUUUUGAGAAAUCUGAAAACAAAAAAGACAAGUUUCCCAACUACCUGCACCACGUUCAGCCCGAAGAUGAUCCACUGGCCACUAGAACUUUGUUCGCUGGCAACUUAGAGAUAAACAUAUCUGAUGAGGAGCUGCGUCGUAUUUUUGGACGCUACGGCAUUGUCGAGGACAUUGAUAUUAAACGUCCACCACCAGGCACUGGAAAUGCUUUUGCAUUUGUGCGCUAUCAAACUUUAGAUAUGGCACACAGGGCAAAAGUUGAACUUUCAGGUCAAUAUAUUGGUAAAUUCCAAUGUAAGAUAGGGUACGGUAAAGCCACACCCACCACCAGAGUGUGGGUUGGGGGGCUCGGUCCGUGGACCUCUGUAGCUCAGCUAGAAAGGGAAUUUGACAGAUUUGGGGCUAUAAAGAAGAUAGAAUAUGCCAAAGGUGAAGCUCAUGCAUACAUUUUAUACGAUUCGAUUGACGCCGCUCAGGCCGCCGUUAAAGAGAUGAGAGGUUUUCCUCUCGGCGGGCCCGAAAGACGUCUACGUAUCGAUUUCGCUGAUGUAGGCAACGGUGGUCCGUACAGGCCUAAGCCUUACGCUCCACCUGUAGGAGAAGACGGUAGACCGGUAGAAGGCUACGAGGGUUACGAAGGUACUUGGGAUGAUAGUUAUGGGUAUGGGGCUCCAGGGUACAGGGGUAGGGGCGGCCAUCGCGGUCGCGGUCGUGGUGCAUACAGAGGUGCUUACCACGGCGCUGGCGACUACCGCGACGAAGAAUGGAGGCGAGCUCCAGUCGACGGUGAAUACGAAGGUCGCGUCCGUCAUUCUGGCUCACGUGAACCUGGUGUUGACCGCUCCCGAUCCCGCUCCCCGCGUCGUCGCUCUCCCGACAGCGACUCCGACGGCUCCCCGCGCCGUACCGGCGGCAUGCUGGCGUCCUCCCGAACCCUCCCAGAAGUCGUACGCAAAGCCACCACUAUCUGGAACGGUGCACUCAUCCUGAAAAACUCCCUAUUCCCCACCAAGUUCCAUUUGACCGAUGGUGACUCUGAAAUCAUUGACAGCCUGAUGAAAGAUGAGGAUGGCAAAAACCAACUGAGAAUCACACAAAGACUUCGUUUGGAUCAACCGAAAUUGGAUGAUGUUCAGAAACGUAUUGCAACUUCGAGCUCCCAUGCUAUCUUCUUGGGAGUUGCUGGAUCUACAGCUUCUAUUACAAAUGAAGAUUCGAGUAUUCAGACGAGGCCAAUGAGAAACCUGGUGUCUUACUUGAAACAGAAAGAGGCGGCAGGAGUGAUAUCCCUCUUGAAUAAAGAGACAGAAGCAACUGGAGUGUUGUAUUCUUUCCCUCCGUGUGACUUCUCUACGGACCUCUUAAAGAGAACUUGCCACAAUCUUACUGAAGAAAGUUUGAAAGAGGACCACCUUGUAAUAGUCGUGGUCCGCGGUGGUUCUGCUUGACAUAUUUAUGAAGAUAGUUUAUAAAUCUAUUUGUGUUUAAAUAGUUAGAUUAAGUUUUUACUUUGAAGUUUUCAAAAAAUGUUAUAAAUUACUAUCAGUAACAUAAAGUUUGUGAUGUUGUGUAGUGAUGUGAGGUAUUGUGGUUGUUCACAAGUUCUUAUGUUUAGUGCAAGUGCUGUGUGAUCCACAGUUGUAGUGACAGCAAUAAUUGCUAUUGCAAAUAAUGAACAAGUUAGUCUUGCUAGACUUAAAGCAAUCUUAAAACUAAGUGUAUUUAUGGAAACAGAGUUUAGUGUAUUUUUAUUCAGUGUAUGCUAGGUGAUGUGUAGUGUAAGUGUGUGUACUUGAAAAUAGAUUAUUAUAUCUCAA